AUGACAUUAUUAUCACUCUCUGGAAUUUUGGGAUUAAGUGCAACAUUAUCAAAAGUUCUCCACUCUCUUAAUAUGCUCAAAGACAAAUAUAAAUCAUAUCAAUUAGUUAAAUAAUUCACUCCAACAUAAUUAAUCAAUCAUUUGAAUUAAGAAAAAAAAACAAAUAUCAAGGUAUUUGUUUCUGGGGAAUUAAUUUCUCAAAAGCCUUUAGCCUCUAAAUUUCCGUUAAUUUGGAGCCAAAAAAGAAUUUAUGAUCUAUACAAUAACAAUAUAAAAAAGUUAAAGAAAAUUACUUCCAAAGGUGUCACUCAGAUAAGCAUUGCUGAUUCUAAAUUUUAAGUUGAUAUUUUGAGAAGCACAAAUUUUAAUUGCCAUGCUUCUCUAACUCAUAUAUAAGAUAUCUUUUAUCCAAAACAACUAUCGAUUUUCCAAAGAAUUACAAAUUUCAUUCUUAGAACAGUGAAUUAGACUAGGUCAGAAAAGAUGCCUUUUAGAGGGUUUUCAAUAGGACAAUUAGAAAGAGAAUAUGGUAUAUUGGCAGGAGAUUCCUAUGUUAUUUAUGGAGAAAUAUUUCUUGAUAAAUAUUUAAAUAAACUAUUUUUGUAAAAUCCAAAACACAUUUUAAGAGACAAAAGAUAGUUACUUAGAUUCAUUGAAACAUAAAUAAGAUUCAAGAAUUUUUAAAUUAUUAUUCUAUUAAUGGCAAUAUUGUUUCUAUUUUAUUGGUUUACGAAGAAUUCAAAGACAGUGAUUUAAAAAUUAGUUAGUUAUAGAUAAAUAUAUAAAUUAUAGAAACUAAGAGGACUUAAACAUAUUGUAAUUAAUAAUUUUGAAUGUUAAAAUUGUUUUCAAUAACCUAAAAACAUUAUAAAUUUACCAUGCAAACAUAUGGUAUUAUGCUAAAGUUGUAAGUAAGUAUUAAAUAUAUCAAAAUGUCCAAUUUGUAAAUAGAAAAUAGAAGAAUUUGUUGAAAUCUUCAUAACCUGA